GGUGCGCACCAUAUGGAACGGUUAUUGUAUUGUGAUUGCAGCAAGUGAAUGUUACUUCUUCGCGUGAAUUCUUUUCGUUUACAAUUUUAAUGGUAGUUUAGCGCGAAAACGCUUUACAUAUUGAUUCCAGCGUAGCGCAUAGAUUUACCUCCCACCAAUUUUGCUGCGAUGGCGGCUGCUACAGCUGAUGGCAUUCGGUUGUGGUCAUUGACUGCGGUGCUAUUGUUGGCAACCGGACUAAACUUGCAGUGUGUCAGCGGUACGCAAAACGAAACGUGCGGGAACAAAGACACUCUUCUUUUUGCGCAUAUUCUCUUCCGCCAUGGCGAUCGUACUCCGAUCGAUCCCUAUCCCAACGAUCCUUGGAAGGAUCCAAGCCACUGGACAGCUGGAUGGGGAGAGUUAGUAAACGCUGGCAAAAUCCGCCAUUUGCUGCUUGGAAAAUGGCUUCGUAAACGGUAUGCGAGCUUGCUGAAGGAAACCUAUCGCAGUGAUGAAAUAUACGUACGGUCUACCGACGUGGAUCGCACGUUGAUGAGCGCGGAAGCAAACCUCGCCGGUUUGUAUCCACCAACAGGGACCGACGUAUGGGACUCAAGCAUGACAUGGCAACCGAUUCCGGUACACACCGUUUCGGAAGAUCUGGAUGGCGUGCUGGCAGCGAAGAAGCGAUGCCCUGCUUUCGAUCACGCACUGAAAAUAUACCGGCAAUCGGAACCCUACCAUUCGUACAAUGCCUCUUUGGAGCAGCUAUACCGAUACGUGACCGAAAAGACCGGUCGAAAAUACGAUUCGCUAACGUCCCUCCAGAACCUGUAUAGUGCUUUGCAUAUAGAGGAGUUGAACAACAUGACGCUGCCGGACUGGACACGAUCCGUUUACCCUGAACCGUUGCAAACGAUUUCGGCCAUGACGUUUGCGGUUAAAACAAAUACCACCCAAUUGGCACGCUUGAAAAUGGGCCCGCUGGUGAAAGAGAUGCUGCAACGAUUCCGUUCAAAGGCUAAUGGAAAACUGAAACCAAAUCGAUCCGUGUGGAUGUACAGUGCACAUGAUGUUACCGUCGCGAGCCUUCUAAAUGCAAUGCGUGUUUUCGAGCUGCACAAUCCACCAUUUGCUGCGUGCGUAAUGUUUGAACUUCGUCAGCCCUCCGACGGUGGACAAUCAUAUGUACAAAUUUUCUACAAGAACACCACUGCCGAACCGCUCCAGCUGGUAAUUCCCGGAUGUGGUUCAAGUUGUUCGCUUGACAAGAUGUUUGAAAUCUACGACAGCAUUUUACCAAAGGAUUGGGAUAGUGAAUGUCAACUGUCGUUGCUGUCCAUGAGUUACGUUGAGGCGGAUCUUAAUUCCACCAGCAGUCUCUUGGGGAUUGUGUCGUUAACUAUCAUAUCUUUGUUAGUCCUCUUGACUGUGGUUGCGAUUGCAAAACGUCGCAAUAGCAGCGAGCGGUGGUACUUACGGAUUGAUGGUUGAGGUUAUUACAGUUAAGACUCAAUUUUUAUUAGAAAUUAUAUAGAAAAUGCUGACUGAUACUGUCUGUUACUAGUGUGAGGAUGUCCGUUGAAGUUUAAGGAUUGUACUGGAUAUGAGCGUGUAAGUGAUAGCAUAAAAAUAAAUUUUCCAUAAUCAAAGUACUCGUU